AUAAAGUUAUCUUGUGUCUAAAUUUUGCACAAAAUAGCCGCAAAUUUAUGCAGCAACCGGAAUACAGUCAAAACUGCGCCCCAAACUAAGGAAAUGUGCAAUCAUCGCAUUUGUUUUGACUCAAAUAGAAUUGCACUUAUAUUAGUGGCUGCAUUUAAUUGAUGAUUACAAACGAGGUGGAUUUAAUUAGUGGCAGAGGGUGCAACCAAUUAUACAAACGAUUUUCCUUAAUAACAAUAAGCUAUGCUCAUUUCAACUGAGACGAUUUAAUUCGUGCUGGUUCCUAUAGUAUUUGUGCAAUUUAUUGUUUCCAUACCACGGCUGAAGGGCAGCAGCACCCUUCAAUUCAGUGUUUUUGAAUGUGCUUCGCUAGCACUAUCGUUGAAGCCCAUAAGAAAUUUGUCACACCCGUAGGAGGUGGUUGUCUGAUCGCAAGCGCUAAUAGUAAGAGUGAACACAGAGAUAUUUCUAUCAAUAAUAACUUAGCUAGAAUGUCACGUACUAAGUCACGCUUACAAAUCGAGGUAUGCGGCGAUUGUGGAGCGUCAGAUCCUUCAUGGGCUUCAAUAAAUCGAGGAAUUUUACUUUGCGCUGAUUGCUGUUCUGUGCAUCGCAGUCUGGGGCGUCACAUAUCCAUGGUAAAGUCUUUGCGACAAGGCACCUGGGAGCCAUCAGUUUUGAAUUUUGUAAAUUCAUUAAAUGCGCACGGAGCCAAUAGUGUAUGGGAGCAUCAUCUACUCGAUAACAAUGCAUCGAAGAGUGAUAAAGGUGUACCGCGUGUACGCAAACCGAAUCCCAAGGAUCCAUUACAUCCAACCAAAUCUGAUUUUAUCAAAUCAAAACACGUAAAUUUAGUAUUCGUUUUAAAAUCCAAUCUACAAGAGGAAGGUGUCAUAUCUGGCAUUAAUUUGGAAAAUGAACUGAGCAGACAACUGCAUGCCAGUGUGCGGACUAGUAAUUUAGAGACAUCUUUACGCCUACUCGUACAAGGCGCCAAUCCAAACUUUUUUCACGAUGAAAAACGUUCAACACCAUUACAUGUAGCUGCCAAAUUUGGACAGGCGUCACAAAUUGAAUUGCUUAUUGUCUACGGCGCGGAUAUUAACGCAAUUGAUGGUAAUGGACUCACACCGCUCGAAGUGGCCAAGGCGAACAAUCAUAAUAUCAUAGCGGAGAGACUAUUAGAUGCAAUGUAUGAAGUGACAGAUCGUAUUAUUAUGUUUUUGGGUGGCAAAAAACCAGAUCACGCGUCUGGUAAUCAUUUAGUUAUACCGGACACUGCUAAUACUGAAAUAAGCGAACAACUUACCAUCGCGCGUAACCGUUUACAAGUUGUACCAAACAAAAUGUUCGAAGAGCUGGUUAUGGAUUUAUAUGACGAGGUGGAUCGCCGUGAAAAUGAAGCUAUUUGGUCAACUUCCACACUGAAUGCUGAAAAUGUAGCAGUGCCAUUUUUACCGGCGAAUCCCUUCUUAAGUGCCACGCGUAAUCAAGGCAGACAGAAACUUGCACGUUUUACGCGUAAGGAAUUUGCUGGCUUAUUAACCGAUGUGCUAUGCGAUGCGCGUCGUAGACAAAAAAUCGCAAAUUUACGCCCACUCGACGCACCCAAUUUGAACUCAUUCUAUAAUCCAUCAUUAUUGAACGAAAACGAACUAGAAUUAUCAGAUGAUGAACCCAUUUACGAUCCAGUAGCGAGUGACGAUGAUUAUGCGCCGGUACCGCCGCUGGCACAGCAGGCUAUUGUGCAUCCAACGCCCGAUGAGCCACAGCCCGAAGUGCAAACGCUUUUGCGACAGAUCAACGAUUACAAAUAUGUGAUUAAUCAACUGAAAUCGACUGUUGAAAAGUUGUCGUCGGAGAAUUCCGAAUUGAAAUCAAAGUUUUCCAAUAAUACAUCUGUGGACUGUACGAUAAAUGAGACUGUGCUGCAACAUGAUGCGCUCCGUACCGAAUCGUUAAAUGGUGUUGAAAAUGGUAGCGAAUCGCUUUCACUACCCGAGGGCGAUGUGGCCAACGCACCCGUUACUAUAGAUUCCAAUUCUUCUAGUUCUUCGUCGGCCAACAGUUCGAAUCAAUCGACCAUUAAGCGUCCCGCCAGUAUGUAUGAACGUCGCCUCGCACCCGCUUUGUUUAAACCGAAUGUUGAGUGUCGCACCACGACCAGUAUGUAUCAAAUGGCUGCUGACAAGCCAUUUUCGGAGGAGUUGAAACAUCGCACAGAUUUGGUGACACGUCGCGUCAAGGAGCUAGUUGCCAUCAUGCAAGAUCUACCGAGCAACAAAGACGAAUUGGUGCCGUGCGGUGAACGUGUACGUACGACGGUGAUGGAAUUGAUAUCAAUAUUUUCUACGACGUCAAAUUACAACGAAACCAUUAGAGACAUGCUUAAGACAUUAACGCGCUAUAAUAUUUUGAUACCACAUGAGUGUGAGAAUCUGCAGAAAUCGUAUGCUUUAGAAGACAAAACGGCAAUUGAGAAGUAUAAUCAUGAAGUGCGCGAAUGCGCAUAUUAUAUUGUUAGCGCUAUGAAAACGCUUGUCAUGCAAUUCGAAUGAACGCGUUUAAUUAACUUACAUAUAUUAAUUAUAUAUACGUACAUAUAUAUAUAUAUUCUUGCUAAUUGUGUUGUUAUAACGAAAGUACUAAUUUUAGAAAUAAUAAUAAAAAAACAUUUUGGAAUACCCCUACCCUGUUAAAAAAUGU